UAGCCUUAUUUAGUGGGCUCUUUUUGAAAUGUCAUCCUUUAGGUCUUAAAAGCAACGCAAAGUGCGUCACAAAACAAAGAGGCAAACAACCACCAGCGGUCGAAUGCUCGUCAAGAAGGCGCUCGCCCGUACGAGGAAGUCCAGUUUCCGAAUUAGUUCCGACCACGACUGCUGCUGACGCCUAUUGAGCUUGAAGAAAUGGCUGUACCUAAUCUUAACCCUUCCUCUCCUCAAGCGUCAGUGCAGACCCGGCAUGUGGCUAUCCUCAUAGCUAUUCUGGUGACUGUCCUGGUUGCCAUCUUGGUCCUGUUGCCGCUGUUCAUCUUAAAAAGCCCAGACAGCAGCAGUGAGACAGCUGAAAGCAACACGCUCAAAUCAAAAGACCACAAAGACAAGGGUGGUUCAACCAGGGAGCUCAUUGGAGGUCUUAGUGUGGGCAGCACUAUAAUCAUCAAAGGGCGAGUCAGUCGGAACCCAAAACGUUUUGACAUUGCAUUGAUGAUGCGCGAUGGCAACAGCAUUGCACUGAACCUGAGCCCUCGCUUCAACUGGAAAGGCGAUGUGAACGUGUUUGCGCGGAACUCCCUUCUGUCUGGUUCCUGGGGCAUGGAGGAGCGCCAGAUAAACUCCUUCUCCUUAGACCGGACGACGACUUUCAGAUACGCAUCUCCUGUUUCGCUGACGCUUUCCAUGUGACUGUCAACAACAGAGACCAACUGGAAUACAAAUACAGAGUCGGCUUAAACAAGAUCACACAUGUGAAAGUGAGCGGUGACAUGACACUGGUAGACGUCAGUAAGAAUUGACAGCACGUCAACAACGGAAGGACCACUUCUGUCUGGAUAUCAUGUAUUUAUAUGCUAGUAUUCAUAUAGAUUAGGAUUGUAUGUACAGUACAUGUUACUAAUUUAAUAGAUACAAGAUUAAUUGUUUGAAAGGUUAUGAUAUAGAAGCACGAAACCAAUUACAACAAAGUCUUUCCCACACAUUACAAUAUACUUCAUAAUCAGGUAACAGUUAAGGGUUAAGCAAUAAAAAUCACAUUUAAAACACAUAAACACAGACUAUAACAGCACAAAGAUUUGUUUUAGUCUUGGUUGGGAGUGUUGGCAGGUGUAGUUAUACGUAAUACCUUAGUGUACUGAAUGUAACAGCACUGGCUCGUACUUGCAUGUUGCCAUAAUUCCAAUGAUGUAAAAUGACAUUGAGAAUGUAUUGAAUGUGCUCCAGAUUGUUUGGAAAAUUGAUGUUGAUCUCUUGUUGAUUUUAAUUUGUAUUGCUUUCUCGAUUUUUUUUCCAAUAAAACACCAUUUCAAAAUA